AUGGGAGGCAAACGAGGAUGGGGACGUGGUGGUGGAAAUGGCUAUGCUUCCUCAUCAUGGAACGACAAGCAGGGCAAGUGGGGAUACUGGAGAGGAGCCUGGUCCCCACGCCAGAGAGCAGAGGAAGAGAGAUACGAUCAGGUGCAGCUUCGGACAGAACAGAGCGAUCACGAUCCGCGAGAUGCAGGAGGUGGCAAGACGGCGUUUUUGCUUGCCGUCCAAAAAGCAGUGACUUUGGCCAGAAGACACGACGUCAAGCUCCGAAAGCUGAACGAAGAGCAGGAGAAUCGCCAAAAGCUUUGGAAGCAGUAUGUGGAGGAUACCAAACGCAAGUUCGCGAAACAAAAGCGGGAGUUCGAAGCCGACAUCCAGAGGUUGGAAGCGGACAAGAUCUCCACCCUGGAAGCGGGACAAAUGGCAGCAGCGCAGGUGAAAGCUAUUAUUGUCGGGCAGUCGAGGCCAUCACAGGCGGCUCCCCCUCUGGACCCGAACGAAGCUUGGGCUACCCUUUGGCAAAGCACCUCGGCAGCUCCUUCUGGAGCCACCUUUCUGGACGAUGCCAUGACUGCAGCAGCCAUGUGUGGUAUGGACGUAGACUUCCCAUCUUGGGAAGAAGGUUUGCCACAGCCUGGGGUCGCGGAAGAACGUGCGGACAGGAAUAUGGGGCCAACGCCAGCUCGGGAAACGGAUCGAGACCGGCACCAUAUCCUCCAACUUCGCCUACUCUUCAUGGGCCACCGGAGCAUCCUGGGACAGAGACGACGGAUCGCAGACAUCUUCGUCGACAUCCAGGCCAACGAGAUCCCAGUGCUUCUCGGGUCCCGACUCAUGUCGAGCCUCCUCGGCACCGGGGAACCACCACCUCCUGCUUCUACGGAGGAGACAACAGCAGAGGAGGCCAGACGCAUCCCGAUACUCGAGUACGACGACGGCGAAGAAGCUCCGGACUUCGAGUAG